CACCGUCCACCGGCACAUAAAUGACCUCCCUCCUCCAGCACCCCCCACCCCCACAGUUGGUAGCGUCCGGGACGGAGCAUCAUGGCGAUUGACGGAGGGGGGAGGAACUGUGGUGUUCACGAGCUCAUCUGUGCAAGAAAAGUCUCUCCUGAGCUUCUGGGUGUCCUGUCUUCCAUUACAGCCUUCAUGGCGGUGAUGGCUCUGUUUUUUCUUUACCUCAGCAACAAGCUGUCAGUGGCGAGUCCUGACGACCUGUCACAUCUCAACAGGUUUAAAGAACAGACAUCCAGAUCAGCUGCUGCUUCAAUCAGGAGGGACGGUGUUGAUCGCUCUGAUGAGAUAAUCUAGCGUCCCCGGCUGAGAGAUGGCCUUCUUCAAGAGUUUCCAGCAGAACCUCCCCACUGUCAACAUUUCCUCCCUCUUGGACUCGGUCACCAGCCGCGUGGACGACCUGGCCACGGCCGUCAGCGACGCCACGUACGCCGUCAGCGACCAGCUCACCGAGCAGGUCACCACCAUCAUCAACAAGGUGGACGAUGGGGAGAACAACGGGCAGGAGUCGGGUCAGACUUCCACAGCACAGGAAGGAAGAAGCAAGGCCAGCAACACCGGAUCAAAGACCAACCAAUCCGGGGAAAACAAUGAGGCCGAGUCCGCUCCGAACCAGCCGGAGUGGGAAUGGAGGGACGGAUGCUGGCGAGUUAAAAGGACAGAAGCCGAGUUGGAAGAGGAAGGGAAGAGGAAGAAUGAGGAGAAGGAGCAGCAGGAGAAGAAAGAGCAGAGGAGGAGAGAACGGAGAGAAAAGCAGCUGGAGAAAGAAGCCAAGGCACAGAAAGACAAAGACGGAGAUCAAGAGGAGGAUGCUUUAGAGAAAACUGAUUGUGGACAAAAUCGAAAGGGGAGUGAUGGCGGAGACAACUCCAUCGAUCAGAAAAAAGAGAAUGACUGUGAAGAAUCACCUCGUCCUCAACAGAAAAAGCAAAAAGAAGACGGAGAAGAAGAGAAGGAGGUGGCGGACAGCCUUGAGAGAGAGGGAGAUGACGAGGAAGAAGCUGAAGUGACCAAGUCUUCAACAACAGGGAAAAAGAAGAAGUCAGACAAGAAGAAGAAGAAGAAGAAAAAAACGAAAGAUGAUGGGAGGAAUUCAGACGAAGCCUCGGAUGUGGAGAAAAAGAAGGCGAAAGGGAAGAAGAGCAAGAAGAAAAAGAAAGCAAACAAAGAGGGAGUUUUAUCCGACAGCGAGGAGGAGAAAGGCCCCGAGGACGCGGCUCCACAGAACAAGACUUCAGCGUGGAGCAACAAGAGCAAACAGUCCACAGAGCAGGGGGGCUACAGCAGUGAAGCCUCCAGCGGACGAGUAGCCAACAGCAUCCAGAGAAUAAAGAAGAACUCGUCCCUCGGCGAGCCCCGGCCUCCUCCCUACCAGGACGAGGGCUCGGGGGGGCGCGUGUCCUCUCGAUCGCGGUCAGAGCGAGGGGUCCGCAGGGGGUCUUCGGCGCAGCGCUGCGACAGCCCCCGCUCCAGUGAGGCCAGCGCUGACCAGGACACUGAGAGCUACCUCAACAAAAACUGUGAGGAGGACAUCCCCAGUGACAGCACGGCUGUUCUGGGACCAGAGGACGGCUCCGGUCCUCACCUCCCCACCGCCUACGAGCCGGAGCCAUUCGCCAAAUACGGCACCUUGGACGUGGCCUUCGAGUACGACUCCGGGGAGCAGUGGUUGGCCGUCACGGUCACCGCGGCGACAGACAUCCCCGCUCUGAAACAGACGGGAAACAUCGCCUGGCAGGUCCACCUCGUCCUGCUGCCCACCAAGAAGCAGCGAGCCAAGACGGGCGUGCAGAAGGGGCCGUGUCCCAUCUUCACAGAAACAUUUAAGUUCUCCAGGGUGGAGCAGGACGCCCUCGGGGACUACGCCGUGCGCUUCCGCCUGUACAGCAUCAGGAGGAUGAAAAAGGAGAAGGUCCUGGGAGAGAAGGUUUUCUACCUGACUAAGCUCAACCUGCAGGGGAAGAUCGCGCUGCCUGUCACCCUGGAGCAGGGCUCUGAGCUCACGGGUUGUGGCUCUGUGGUGAGUGUUUCUCGCAGCGCAGGAGCUCUGUCCUAUCGCUCCAUUGAAGACUCCUCCCUGCCGGAGCUCCUGCUGGGUCUGCUCUACAACUCUGCCACGGGACAGUUAUCUGCUGAGGUCGUCCAGGGAAGCCACUUCAAAACCCCGGCGUCGGAAAAACCCGUCAACGGUCUGUUCUGUUGUGUUAAACACUUUGUUGGGGGGCAGCUUUAUGUCAUGAGAGACACCUACGUGAAGCUGACCAUGCUGGACUCCAAGGGGAAGGAGAUGUCCAAGUGUAAGACUGCCGUGUGCCGCGGGCAGCCCAACCCCACCUACAAGGAGACCUUCCUGUUCCAGGUGGCGCUCUUCCAGCUGUCCGAGGUGUCUCUGGUGCUGUCGGUGUUCUGCCGGCGGAGCAGCAUGAGGCCCAGGGAGCGGCUGGGCUGCGUCUCCCUGGGCCUCAACAGCACCAGCGAGGACCAGCAGGCCCACUGGACAGAGAUGAAGGAGGCGGAGGGGCAGCAGGUCUGCCACUGGCACACACUGACCAACACAUAGGGGGCGGAAGAUUCGAGAAGACUGAGAUUUUACAACAUUCCCAGAGUUUCAAGGGGGGGUAGCAGAAGCACCAGGAGGGAUGUGUGUGCGCUGCGUACAGGUGUGUAGGGUUUCACUGCCAGAGACUGCAUGAAUACCCUUUAAUCUGCCACAGACUUUUAUUGGCGGAGGUGGAAGCUUCAGCGCCAGCCUUUUAUUGACAGAGAAAAAUGCAGAGGCAGGCAGACUGAGAAUGAAUGACAUUAUCAUUACUGAACUUAAAAGAAGGAGUGGUUUUUUCCAGUAAUUCUGCCUACAGCAAGGUCUGCAUGUAACUGUUUACAGGACACAUUUUUCUGUCUCUGAAUCUUGGACCAAAGAGCUCGGUCCAUGACUAGCAGACUCCUCCCUGUCUCUUGUUCUUCUUCUCUGGAUUUAAGCUGCCACCAGCAUACCAGACAUUUCUCUAUCAGUCAUAGCCAUUGACAAAAGAGAAGGCAACGAAAAGACUGUUACAAAAGGGCCUACAACAUGCUGCAACUAUGCUUACAAGCUAUGCUUUGUACAGAUUGUUUACAUGCACAUGACAUUAUGCAAGAUCCAUUUAUCAUUUCCCCUCUUUUAUGUUUUUGGAUUAUCAGUCAAAUGGUUUACUAGAUUUAUGUGUCUCUCUGGGGUUUGUGCUACAAAAAGACACUUUAUUAUUUGAUUUAUUUUGGUGUUGCAUAACUCGCUACACUAUGCAUCCAACUCCACUUUAAGCUGGAGUGAAAUUCUGUCUUCCGCUCGCUGAGUCUCUUUCAGAAUUGGACACAGCCCUGCAUGCCACUGUAUCAAAGAGCAGCUUCCUUUCCUGUGUAGUACAGAUUGAGCCUGUUUCACCAUUCAGCCUUCUGACAACUCAGCCAUGUUCAUUCAUGUAGAAACAUGGUGCUUCCCGCUGAGGAGGGAUAUGCAAAAGCCUGCGCAGUCCAAUAAACCGGGCUGCCGCUGACAGCAGUGAAGUGAGCUGGAGUGGCAGAAUGAAAUUACAUUUAAAAAGGAACAUUUUCUGAUUACAAGGGAAUAGAAGGAUAAUUAAAUAAAGGCGGAAAUAAAUUAAAACAUUGUGCAGGAGUGGGAGGAAUCUGGUUUUACAUGCAUCUGGAACAAAGCCAAUUUCAUUAGCUAUGAGUCAGAAAAUCCCCCCAAAAACAUCAGUGCAGACUCCACAGCCACACCCCGAGUUUCAAGCUGAAGCAUGAAGCCCUCCCUCUUCUCUCCUCUGGCUGAAGCUGAGGGGUGUGGGAUGCAUUUUUCUCGUCUCAGUGAUGUCAGACAUGACCCCGUCCUCUGGGUUCGGGGCCCUGCAGCUACACUUCCCUCUGACAGUUCCUGCAGAGCCACAUUUUCAAUUAAAUUCAUUAUAAGAUAUAAACCAGAUGUCUAGCAUUCCUGAGAGAUAAACACAUGGCUUUUGAUUGCAGAGAUGGGAAUCACAGCCACUGGAGUGUUUUCAUUAGAAUGGCAUUUUGUUCUAAGCACAAUGUGUGCGUUACCAGCAUUUACAACCCUUUAGUUCCACUUUUUGGGAAACGACUGACCAAUCUCAUGCCAGUAUGAUAAAUAUGCUUACAGACAGCAGCUGGGUUAUUUAGCAUUAAGUCAACUGUGGAAGCCCAUUUCUGCCCAAAAAAUACUUCAAAAAUUACGAGAUAGCUUCUUAAAAUGACUUAUCUCAGUAGCUAUAAGCUAGGCAGUUUCAUUUGUACUACCCAGACCAGACAGUGGUAUCAAUCCUUUCAUCAAAGAAACUGGGGGGAUUUAAACAUUACCAAAAACUCAAGAUUCCCUCUUCCUAUCUUUAGGACAUAUCAAAUACUCAACGUGCAGGAGUGUGUUUUGUAAAAGUUAAGAAAAGAACGAGGCUAUACGUCAGAUACUGUUUUAACAAUGUUUUUAUUUCCAUUAAUCUGGCCUUCAAUGGUAUGUCUGACGCUGUCAUCACAGCUCAGGCAGCGCUGCAAGGGGCUGGAGGCGGACCCUCACCCUGGAUCACACAUAGUUUCACCCAACACCCAGCAGAGGGACCGCAGCCUUCAGGGGGAAAGUAUCCUGCCCCAGGCCAUGGAAAACCAGCUGUGCCACAUAUCCUGGAGGAGAGGGGGGAGGUACUGACUUCCAAAAAAAUACCAUCUAAUCCCAUUUAUGCCCCAGGACAGGUAAUUAUGAGGCCCCUAGGAGCUGCAAUAAAAGCGUUCAGGUGAGAAGACAUGCUGGUUUUUAAAGUCUGGUGCAGCACGAGUGCACAUUUCCAUUUUAGACUUGUGUAAUUAGGAAUCUGGCUCGUUACCCUGUUUACCUAACAUGCCUAAUGUAAUGGUUUUGAGGCAGCAGCAGCAGCCACCUGGUUCAGGUAGAGAUUUGGCUUCAAAGACACUUUAGGACUGUGCCAGAAGCUUCUUUUCAUUUUAUGACAUUCUGUUUCAAGUUGACCUUCCUAAGAACCAGGACAUCUUGACGUCCAUAAAACACUUUCCUGCCUGAGUGCUGCUCUCAGGUCUGUUAGGUUCCCUCUCAAGCAUUUAGUGGCACAAGCUAGUUUUCCUUGGUAAUGUAAUAAAGAUAUACGGCUAAGUCCUGUUGGGACUUCUUAAGGAUAAGGAAUAAUGAACUACAAUGUUUUGUUAUUUUAUUGAAUGUGUCAUCAGUUUUAAAAAAUCUUUCUUAAUAAUAUAUUCAAUAAAUAUACAGGAACCAUG